GAUUUACGCUCUUUUUUUUUUUCUUUCCCUCUUCACUCCAUUAUGGAAGAGGACGAGGAGCAUUUCAAUGACGACAUUGACCUAUUAAGGAUUUUAGAACAAGCAGAGGUAGAAUACAGCAACACACAACAACAACAACGACAAUUGCAACAAAGACACCAAGUCUAUGCCAAUACUACGAAUACCGACCAAAUCUCUUUAUACAAAGAUACUUGCAACGAACAACACGCGACUACUAUCGAUCAGAAACGUGUAAUCGAUGAAGGAUCAAGAUCGAACUGGGAACCCAGUGAAACUUUAAAUUACUUUACUAAUGAUGCACCGACUCAUACAAGUACAACAGGAAAGAUGGACACAACUUUUCAACAGUCGCAACAAUUACAAUACAAACGAAUGCAAGAAUUAGAAUUGGAAACGGCACUACGAAACGCAGACCGACUUCGUGCCGAGCUGGCCUUCAAGGAACAAGAAUUAGAAACUACAAAAGCAGGACUGAGGGAAGCCAAACAAAAAUUACAACAAGCAUCUCAAAAGGAUUGGAUGGAUGUAGAUCAACCGACAAAACCAGUUACCAAUCCUACUACUAGUACCACUAUUAUGGACCCUGGAUCGGAAUCAGAAAGUAGCAACAUGAACAACCAAAACAAACGAUAUUCAAGUUUCCCUUCCUUGAAUAAUCGACUUUUUGGGUUAAAGCGACCACGAUUAUCAACAUCUCCAUCACCUGCAUCAACAACAUCAGUGAAGAUUGAACCAACUUCAACAUCUCCCAAAUUCACUAUAUCAUCACAAGUGUCACAACCUGUGGCAACACAUCUCUCCCAAGUGGAAACAAAGCGACGACGUGAAAAGAACCAACAAUCAAUCGAUAGAGCUGUCAAUACUGAAGUACCACAGAUAACCAAAAAAGAUCAAGAUAUGCCAGAUGAUUUCAUCAGAUGUUUGAACGAACUGACGGUCUUACAGGUACAACGUGAAGAACCAGGACGACAGGUUCAUUUGGGAAUUCAAGAGAUACAAGAUCGUCUUAUUCAAUGUCUUAGGCCACCUCAAAUGAUUACAGAAACGGACGCCAGUUUGACAGGUCUUGCCUAUGAUAUAUCUGGAUGUGUUUCUCGGGUGAAUGAGACAGGCGUCAAACCAACAUUAUCCCAGCUCCUUGUGAUCUUGCGUUUUUAUACCAAACUCUGUGUUCAAGAAGAAAAGCAUAUGUUGUUUUUACGGGCGGCGGAUCUUUUAUGUGUGUUAGUGAUGCAAUAUUCUGAUCAUAUCAUUACACACCUUCUUCAAGAAAUGCUUGGGGCUGGUGAUCAAUCUACACUUCAAUAUCUGGCCAAAGGAUUAGUACUAUUACCACUUAGAAAUGCGGAUGAAGGACUUUGCGAGUCUAUUUUUCUGCAGAGAUUACCGGAUAUGAACCAAAUGGAGUACCACAAAAUCAAGAAUCUUUUACAAGACUAUACGCUCGGACCUUCUGAUGCUCAAAUGUUAUUGACAGGUGUCACCUCCUCUCAAGCACAAGAAACAACUUCAAACAUUCUGAAAUUAUUCACUCAUGUGAUCUUUUACCUAUGUAACAAUGGUGGGAAAAAGUUUAUAGAAGACUCUCAAUCAGCAAAAAGAUUCUUAUUUCUAUUGGAUGAAAAGGGCUUCAUGGAUAUCAUUACUACUCGAAAACCACUUGCUACAGCUAACGAAGCUCUCUUAGUAAUACAUGCUCUACUUCUGGAUGGGAACACAAGUUGGCUAUAUCAAGAGAAAUACAAACCUUUAUUGAAAAACAUAUCAGCCCUUAUGACUUCUCCAAGACCCUGUUAUCAACUUGAAUUAGAGUGGUAUGAUAUCAGAUCAGUAUCGAUGGGGAUAUAUAGCAAGAUCAUGUCAGUUCAUCCAACUCCUCUUUCUUUGGACAAUACACUCAAUUUGGUUCUUAUGUCUGCCAUUUAUAUCCUCAAUAAUGAAUGUUUACGUAUUCAAGAAGGUAUGCAACCUCCUUUUGAAUCUGUCCCCAUUGAAGAAUCGAAAAUUGUUUUGAUGGAAGCCAUCUCAUUGAUGAAACAAGUCCUUGAUGUAUAUCCUGUUCUUCUUGAUCAUGAAGAAGAUGGUGUUUAUAUACAAAUUCUAGCUGCAUUAAAAAUGGCAUCUGAUAUUAUCGGCAUGACCUGGCAUAGCAAUCAUGAUCAAGUACAUUCUCUUUUGACAAGUCUUGGCAAAAUCCUCCAUAAAAAACAAAAACAAUUAUAGUUUAGGUUGAUAUUGUAUAUAUAUGUAUAUUUGUAGAUAAAUAAAUAAAUAAAUAGAU